UCUCUCUCUCUCUCUCUCUCUCUAUCGCCCUUUUCAACUCGAUACUGUCCCGCCUACUGAGCUCCGUGAACCCUGAAAAUGGCCGCCUCCGCCGUCUCCUCCAUCGCCGCCCAAAAUUCAUCCCUCUCGACCCUCAAAAAGCCAAAGCCCUUCCCCUCCAUCCCUCCCAAAUCCUGCAUCGUCCGAUCUUCUUUCAAACCCAUAACCACUCACAGUCAUGGCCCACCCUUCAAGAACCUGGCCCCACUCCGAUCCUCCUCCUCCGCCGACCCCUCCGACCUCUCUCCUGUCGUGGCCACCUCAGCCACCAACGCAUCCCUCAAGUCCCGCCUCCAGAACGGCGAGACCCUGUACGGUAUCUUCCUCCUCUCCUUCUCCCCCACGAUCGCCGAGAUCGCGGGCCUCGCGGGCUACGACUUCGCCGUCGUCGACAUGGAGCACGCCGGCGGCAUAUCCGACGCCCUCCACUGCCUCCGUGCGCUCGGCGCCACUCGCACCCCCGCCAUCCUCCGCCUCCCGGACAGCUGCCCGACCUGGGCCAAGAAAGCCCUAGAUCUCGGCCCGCAGGGAAUCAUGUUCCCGAUGAUCGAGUCAGCGAAGUCAGCCAGGAAGGCCGUGUCCUACUGCCGGUUCCCGCCGCAGGGCAUCCGCGGGUCAGCCCACACGGUGGUCCGGGCAUCGGAUUACGGGAUCGACGACGGGUACCUGACCAAUUACGGGGAGGAGCUUCUGAUCAUGUGCCAGGUUGAGAGCGAGGAGGGGGUGAAGAAGGUGGAGGAGAUCGCGGCUGUCGACGGGGUCGACUGCAUUCAGAUGGGGCCGUUGGAUCUGAGCGCGAGCUUGGGGUACCUGUGGGACCCGGGGAACAAGAAGGUGAGGCAGAUGAUGAGGGAGGCGGAGAAGGGAGUGCUAGGCUCGAUGAAGAAAGACGGCGGCGGGGCAUAUUUGGCAGGGUUCGCAAUGCCGUUCGACCCGCCGGAGGAGCUGGGACACCGUGGAUACCACAUGGUGUCGGGGGCAGUGGACGUGGGUAUGUUCAGGAGCGCUGCGGUGGAGGAUGUGCGGCGGUUCAAGUUGAGCCUGGUGGCCGGGAGCAGCGACGACGAGGAGGGAGAGCGGCGGAGGGAUGCGGAUGGUGAUGAGAAGUACUGGAGCGAAUGACCCGAGUGGAAUUUUGAUUUUGAUUUUUCUUAUUUUAAUUUCCUUUGCAAUUUUAUGUUUCUCAUCACCUGUAAAUUAUGUUUUUUGAGUUAUCCAAGCUCUUAUCGAGCAAAAAAAGGAGCUAUCCUAGCUCUUAAGAUUAAUAAGAGCAGUUCAAUUAUAAAUCAGGGCAAUGUGACUAAA